AUGGCACUAUGAACGAUGGCAGCAACAACCUACUCCAUUUGAGAAGACCACGAAGCUUGAGGAAACCUUCCAUCAAUUCAUGAAAAUGAGCUUAUCUUAUUGUACGAAUGUGGAGGCUGCAUUUAAAAGCAUGAAGAUGCACAUUGGGCAAUUGGUCAACAAGAUGGAGGGUGGUGAGCGGAAUGUAAAAAGUAAUCUUAGGGAAGAGUGUAAGACCAUUGUUACUAGAAGUGGCAAAGUGUUAGAUGAGAGAAAAAUAGAGAGAAAAGAGAAAGAAAAUGUGAGUGAGAAAGAAGUAAUUGAGCGAAAAGAGAGAAUUGAGGGAGAAAAAAAGAAAGAAGAGGUAGAUGAGAGAAAAAAAGAAAAAGAUGUUGAAAAACCACUUCCUUCUCCAAAGACUUAUUCAAGGAAGGAGAAAGAAAAACAGCUUAAGCAGUUCAUGGAGAUUUUUAAGAAACUGGAGAUUACCAUACCUUUCUUUGAAGCAUUGCAACAAAUGCCUUCGUAUGCAAAGUUUUUGAAGGAGCUCCUCAGGAAGAAAAGAAAAUACAUUGAAAAGAAGACCAUUGAAGUGCAAGGUAAUUGCACUGCAAUCAUACAAAAAUUAUUACCUCCUAAGUUUAAAGAUCAAGGAAGCUUCACCAUUCCGUGUACCAUAGGAGAAUUGGAAGUUGGAAGAGCAUUGAUUGAUUUGGGAGCUAGCAUUAAUUUAAUGUCGCUCGCUAUGUUCAAAAGAAUUGAAGGUUUGGAACUCAAACCUACUAGAAUGACCCUCCAAUUGGCGGACAAGUUUCUUAAAUACCCGUACGGGGUGGUUGAAGAUGUGCUGGUGAAGGUAGACAAAUUUGUAUUUCCAGUGGAUUUUGUCAUAAUGGAGAUGGAACAGAAUGGAGAUGUGCUUCUCAUUCUGGGGAGACCAUUUAUGAAGAUUGCUAGAGUUUAAUUGAUGUGGAGAAUGACAAGGUUAAAGUAAGAGUGCAAGAUGAAGAAGUGAAUUUUGAUGUAUUGAAAGCCAUGACACACCCUAAGGAUGAUAAAGCAUGUUUCCAAUUUGAUAUGCUUGAUGAAGUUUGUAUGGUGCAAGAGAAGAUGAUACGUUGUUCUUCUACGUUAGAAAAAACUCUCAUUGAUGCAUGCGAAGAUUUGAAUGAAGAGGAAGAGAAAUUAAUUGAUGAGUGUAUGAUGAAUUUGGAGACGUUAAAGGAAGUCCUAGUGGACGAGGCUAAUUUUGAGACGAUUGAUACCAAAGAAGAAGUCAAAGAAAAGAAAUUGGAAUUAAAGAUGUUACCAUCACAUUUGAAGUAUGUUUUCUUAGAAGAAGAUGGAACGAAACCAGUCAUCAUUAGUAAUUCUUUGCUCCCUGAAGAAUAAGAAAAGUUGGUAGAAAUAUUGAAAGCCAACAAAGAAGCUAUUGGAUGGUCAAUCUCAGAUCUCAAAGGUAUAAGCCCAACUUAUUGCAUGCAUAAAAUUUUUAUGGAGGAUGAUUAUAGACCAAGUGCUCAACCACAAAUAAGGUUAAAUCCUAUGAUGCAGGAGUAUUGAAGCUUCUAGAAGCUGGCAUUAUAUAUCCAAUCUCUGACAGUGAAUAAGUAAGUCCAGUACAGGUAGUGCCAAAGAAAGAAGGGAUGAUAGUAACUUAAAAUGAGAAGAAUGAGCUUAUUCCUACUAGGACAGUCAUUGGGUGGCAGAUGUGCAUUGAUUAUAGGAAGUUAAAUAAGGCAACUAGGAAGGAUCAUUUUCCCCUUCCUUUUAUGCAUCAGAUGCUGGAAAGAUUGGCAGGUCAGGCUUUUUACUGCUUUCUAGAUUGAUAUUCUGGAUACAAUUAAAUUGUGGUAGAUCCAAAGGACCAAGAGAAGACGACAUUCACAUGUCCAUUUGGUGUAUUCGCCUACAAGAAAGAUGUCAUUUGGGUUAUGUAAUGCUCCAGCUACGUUUCAAAGGUGUAUGUAGUCAAUUUUUGCGGACCUCAUAGAAAAGUGUAUUGAAGUCUUCAUGGAUAAUUUUUCGGUGUUUAGAGAUUCUUUCGAAAGGUGUUUGGCAAAUCUGGAUAUUGUUCUUAAGAGAUGUGUGAAAACAAAUCUUGUGCUUAAUUGGGAGAAAUGCAAUUUUAUGGUAACAGAAUGAAUUGUGUUGGGUCACGAGAUUUCUCUUAGGGGGAUUGAAGUGGAUAAAGCCAAAGUGGAGGUCAUUGAGAAACUUCCACCGCCAUUAAAUGUAAAGGGCAUUAGAAGUUUUGUAGGCCAUGCUGGGUUUUAUAGAAGAUUUAUUAAAAACUUAUCAAAGAUUGCUAAACCAUUGAGUAAUUUGCUUAUUAAAGAUGUAGCUUUUGUGAUGAAUGAAGAAUGUUUAAAAGCCUUUGUCAUCUUGAAAAGCAAAUUGGUUUCAGCCCCAGUGAUUGUAGCUCCAGAUUGGAAUUGAAAUUUUGAAUUAAUGUGUGAUGCCAGUGAUUAUGCAAUAGGUGUUGUGUUGGGUCAGAGAAAAGAAAAAGUAUUUCACACCAUUUAUUAUGCAAGCAAUGAUUUGAAUGAAGCUUAGUUGAAUUAUGCCACCACAGAAAAAGAAUUUCUUGCUAUUGUGUAUGCUUUGAGAAAUUUAGACCUUAUUUCAUUGGGUCUAAAGUAAUCAUCUACACAAAUCAUGCAACUAUAAAGUAUUUGCUAACCAAGCCGAAUUCUAAGCCACGAUUGAUUAGAUGGGUGCUGUUACUACAAGAGUUGGAUGUGGAAAUCCGUGACAAGAAGGGAAGUGAAAAUGUAAUUGCUGAUCACUUAUCUAGGUUGGUUAACAAUGAAGUUACAAGCAAGGAAGCAGAAAUCUGGGAAUCUUUCUUAGAUGAAACACUCUUUAUUUGUCUGAAGCUUUUUACCACAGGUUUUGAGAUGAAAUUGAUGAAAGAAGUGAAAAGGGAUAGAGAUGGAAUCAAAAAAGGACACAAAAUGUGCAAAAGAAGAGAAUCAGCAAGUACCGCUCAGCGCUAAUUACUGUUGAGCGGCACUUGCAAAGAACCGUUGGCACCGCUAAGGGGAGAAAAGCCGUUGAGGAGAAGAAUUGACACGCGCUACUACCGCUGAGCGACACUUUUCUGGGCUUGGGCCUACUUUUCUGUAAUUUUUAGAAUAGUAUAUAAGCUUUAGGAUGUUAUAAGGUUUGUAUCUUUGGUUGGAACGAAGCAGAAACACACUUUUCACCCCUUGGGGGUAGAAUUGGAGAUGGUGACGACUCUCUUCUUUUCUUUCUUGGGUUUUUCUAUCUCUUCCAUUCUUUCAUUCCAUUGUUCAUCUAGUUCUUUCAUGACAAUGGAGAACUAAACUUAUUUUGUUGCUGGGAAAUCAAUGUAAAUCCUUAGAAACUCUCUUGUAUGGAAUUUGUUCUUUAAGAUCAUUUUUAUGAUACAUGCUUUCUUUCAUUAAUAGUUAGGGUUUUUACUCUUUGCUCAAAGCAUGCAUUGUUUAACUCAUUUGAUGUCAUGAUUAUUGGUUUUGUCGAUAUGGACACAUACGGGAAAAUCUAGAUCUGGGGAAUCUCUCCCAUCAGUAUAUUACAAACCUAGACAUAGGAGUAUGAUAGUUGGUUGCCUUUAAGUUUCUGUUCACUAUAAUGCAUGAUUAAUUGCUAGGGAGACAAGACAUUGUAAACUAGUGAUUAUGAUUAGGCUUUCUUUGACGAGACAUCAGGUUUAAAGUAAUUUAGAAAGUGACAUUAACAUUAAUGAAAAGAAUGAUGAGUUCCUAAAUACAAGAGAGUGGAUAGGAUGAAAUUGAUAAAUCCCAACAACAUAUUCAUCCAUGUAUUUCAAUUCACGUGUUUUGUUUCUUCUUGCCCAUUGAUCAUCAUAUGCAUACAUAUUUACUUUUCAGUGUUUUGCAUUUGAAACGUACAACAAUUUGUUCACAAGUCUUAAUUAAUCAAUAAAUCACAUAACUGUCUAGGCCGUGAGUCCUUUGGGAGAACGAUACUUGGUCUUACCAGGUUUAUUAUUUGAUAUGAUUCGGUUACACUUGUCGAUGGUUAACAAGUUUUUGACUCCGUUUUUGGGGUUCGAAGAUUUGUUCAUUAGUGAACCUUGGCUGCUAUUUGCGCCACUUUUGUUGCUGUUUUAAUAUUGUUCUAACUUGUUUUGUUUUGAAAGUGUUGCUGCUGUUUGCAUUAGAACACCAUGUUUGCAGGUUCAAGCAAUUCCUCUUCCAAUAGAGCUAGCCAUCAUGGAAGUGAUUCUAGCAAGUUUGAUUUGAUGAAGGCAUUUCAACAAAUGCAACAUCAACUUGAUUUCAUUAGCAAACGGUUGGACAAAGACGCGAAAGCAAAAGGGGAGCAACCUCAUGGUCAUGAUCAUGGUUCCUACAAGAAGAAGCAAGAAGCUAGAACUGUAAAUGUAUACCUUCCCUCACCAAAGAAGCAUCAAGAAGAUAAAGCUAUUUACCAAGGCCUUACACUACCAAAGUUGAACUUGCCUACUUUCAAAGGGGAAGCCGAGCCAUCUAUUUUUCUAGAUUGGAUAGCUAAAGUAGACCAAAUUUUUUAUUUGUAUAGUGUAAAUGGACCUUUGUGUGUAAAGUUAGCUUGUUUAGCUUUAGAGGGAUACGCUAAACAAUGGCUAAAUAGGAGAUACUUAACCAUGGCCUCAACUGUGAGUACAUGGGAACAUUGCAGCGACAUUUUGUACCAACAUUUUGUGCCUUCAUACUACCAUAGGGACCUCUUGAUUAAGCUCCAACGUCUUACUCAAGGUAGACGAAGUGUGGAGGAGUAUGCUCACGAGCUCGAAGUGCUCCUACAUCGUACUAACCUUAAAGAAACUAAUCAUGCAAAAAUAGUUAGAUUUAUUAGUGGACUUAAUAGCAACAUCCAAGAUAUAAUUGAAAUCCAUAAUGAUGAGACUUUAGAUGUAGUGGUUCAUAGAGCCAUGAAAGUAGAGAAGAAACUCUUGAAAAAAGAAGCUUGUCACAACAAAUUUUCCAAAUCUUCAACAAAUGUUUUGUAUAAAUCCUCAUCAUCAAAGGAUAAAACCAAGGAUGUUUCUAAGGAGCCCACUAACAAAUCUUGUCCUCAUUCUUCUUCUAACCAUUCCUCUUCCCUACCUAAAUCUCCUUCUAGACCAAGUCACAUUAAAUGUUUUAAAUGCUUAGGACAUGGUCAUAUAGCCUCUGCCUGCCCCACCAAAAAGGCAACAUGCAUUGAGGGUGAAGUAAUUAUGACUAAUGAGUCUACCUCUUCCUUACCUUCACCAACCUAUAACUCUUCUUCCUCAUCAAGUGAUGCCAAAGAGAAGGUCAUGCUUACUUGUUUAAAUGAAGAAAGAAAAGAAAGAGAGGAGAGAGAAAAGAAAGAAAAAGAAGAACUUGUGAGAGAAAUGGAGAAGGACAAAGUCUUAGUAAAAAAGGAAGUGUUACUGAAGGCACCAUCCACUCCCAUCAUUCAAAUAGAUCCAAGCCAUGACAGGGGAGCUUUUCAAUCCUUCUACUUUUCCCCUUUUACUAAGUUUUCUUUAUUUGUUCCAAAAGUAUUUUUCACAACUCUUUCACCUUCCUCUUUCCUUCUUUCCAACUAUUCUAUAAACAUUUUUGAAACACAUCAUGAGUUAGUGUUACCCCUUUGGUUACAUUCAACUCAAGACAAAAAUAAUUUUUUCUCUAAAAAUGGUCUCCUAGUUUUCACCACUAAAUACAAUAAAAAUAUAAGGAGACUUUCUUUUACUAAUACCUUUUUUAUAUACAUUGAUUGGUCAACAUAAAUUCAUUCACAAA